CUGGAGGGUUUAGUGGAGGCCGAGCGUGAACCCUGGGGGCGAGAGCGCAUCCUGGUCUGAGAUCACACCCACUCGGGGUGUGCGUGAGUGAGUGCGCGGUGCCCGCGCGCGUGUGUACGUGUGGGGAGGUGUGUGCCAAAGGGGUGGGGUGAGGGGCGGUGAGGAGGGCGCUAGGUGAAGCGCGAGGAGCGGGAGCGGGAGGUCGCGCGCUCCGGCCUCUCCCCCAGGGGCCGCGGCGGCUGGCUCGCGCGCCGGCUGCCCCUCCUGGUGCGCGCCGCGGCGGCGCCACAGGCCCCUCGACCCUUUGACCACCGCCCUCCGGCCGCCCGGCCCCCAGCGGGGACCGGCGAUGGCGCGGGACUGACGGCCUCCUCCCUCCGGACCCUUCUGUCCCUCCAGGGGCUCCCGGGGGCCGCGGCGCCGCCCCGACCUGCAUGUGGGGCGGGCGCGCCGGCGGCCAGAGCGAGCGGCCCUCGGCGCCCCCGAGGCGGUGCCCGGCCGCGCAGGAGAACCAGGAGGACGAGGAGGAGGAGGAGGAACAGCGGGCCGGGCCGGGCUCCCCGCGCGCCGCCGCCCGGGAGCACGGGCUCCCCUGAGGGAGCUCGGGGCGUCCCAGCCCCGGAGGAGGGACCCGGAAGCAGAAGCGGAGCCGCGAGUCGAGCCGAGCCGCUGCCCCCGCUGCCCGCCGGCGCCGGGUGGGGGUCCCGGCGGCUGGAUGGGCGGCGGCGGCUUCGGCCGCGGGCGGCUAUGGGCGAGGAGCAGAGCACGGUGAGCGGCAGCGGCGGGCCCCUGGAGGCGCGGACCCCCCCUGGCGGCGCCACGGGCCACCCCGAGCCCCCGAGGCCGCCGGGGGACAGCACCGGGGCGCCCGGGCCGCGCGCCUCCUCCGCCGAGCCGAGAGGCGACAGCUGCGGAAGCGACUCGGGCUGCGCGGACACGAGCGUCCCGGAGCCCGCGAGAAGCCGGGGGGCCCCGAGCUGGAAGAAGAACCAGGCACCGGCGCAGCCCGCAGGACUGGCCUACACCGGGCCCCUCAACCCCCAGGCUUUGCAACAGCAGCUGGCAAAGGAGGAGGAGGAAGCGAGGGACCGAAGCGAGAGAGGGGAUGAACAGCAGGAGGCGCCCCCCGGCGAGCAGCCGGAGCCCCGGACCCGCGUCGGGGCCCCAGACGGACUGGUCCUGGACGUGCUGGGCCAGCGGCGCCCGCCCCCCGCCAAGAGACAAGUCUUCUGCUCCGUGUUCUGCGUGGAGAACGACCUGCCCGAGGUCCCCUCGGCGGAGCGGCUCUCGCUGCCCGCGUCGCCACCCCGGGCUCCGCCGGUGACCAACCCUCCCAGCACCCCCUCCUCCUUCCCCAGCCCCCGGCUGUCGCUCCCAGCGGACACCCUGUCCCCCGACGGCGGCAGCAUCGAGCUGGAGUUCUACCUGGCGCCCGAGCCGUUCUCCGUGCCCAGCCUGCUGGGAGCUCCACCCUACUCUGGCCUGGGUGGGGUCGGGGAUCCCUAUGCGCCCCUCAUGGUGCUGAUGUGCCGGGUGUGCCUGGAAGACAAGCCCAUCAAGCCCUUGCCCUGCUGCAAGAAGGCCGUGUGCGAGGAGUGCCUCAAAGUCUACCUGAGCUCCCAGGUACAACUUGGCCAAGUGGAAAUCAAAUGCCCUAUCACAGAAUGUUUUGAAUUCUUGGAAGAAACAACGGUUAUCUAUAACUUAACGCAUGAAGACUCCAUCAAAUACAAGUAUUUCUUGGAACUUGGCCGUAUUGAUUCCAGCACCAAGCCAUGUCCUCAGUGCAAGCACUUUACAACCUUCAAGAAAAAAGGACAUAUUCCCACCCCUUCCAGAUCAGAAAGCAAAUACAAAAUCCAGUGCCCCACUUGCCAAUUCGUCUGGUGUUUUAAGUGCCACUCUCCUUGGCAUGAAGGUGUUAACUGCAAGGAGUACAAAAAAGGAGACAAAUUAUUGCGUCACUGGGCCAGCGAAAUUGAGCAUGGGCAGAGGAACGCCCAGAAGUGUCCGAAGUGCAAGAUCCAUAUCCAGAGAACGGAAGGGUGUGACCAUAUGACCUGUUCACAAUGUAACACUAAUUUUUGUUAUCGAUGUGGGGAGAGAUACCGCCAGCUCCGUUUCUUUGGAGACCACACAUCAAACCUCAGUAUAUUUGGAUGCAAAUACCGCUACCUCCCAGAGAGACCUCAUCUAAGGAGACUAGUGCGAGGGUCAGUCUGUGGUUUAUUUGUAUUUCCUAUCUAUUGCCUUUGUAAAAAACAGAGAAAACGAUCACGGACAGGAAUGCACUGGUAAACGCGGAUGAUUUCAUCUGACUACGCUGGUCCGGGUAGGAGCUACCCAGAAUUAGACACCUGUCUGAGGGUCACUUCUUGAAAACUGCCAAGAGGACCCUUUUGCCAUCUCUUCUCCUGUGUUCUGUGCAGGCCACAAUGCCUCUAGCUCCGGUGCAUUCCCGACAUGGUAUCCUGUCCUUUCCUUAUACAGAUUGCUGCUUUUACAAAAUGGUCACUUUCAUAGACUAUAAACAUCUAUAUCAUAACUCUGAUCUUCUUAAUGGUUCUUGGAAGAAAGUAUUUUAAUUAGAACCAGUUAUCCUCAGAACUGUCUGAGCAUGCAUCUCCUGAGCAUUGCUUGGACUGUCUUUGUACCUGAAUCUCCCUCCAUGCCCUCUUCUGAGACUUGGUGUGAAUAACUGAAGGUCCCACCUGUACCAACAAGCAAGGCCACUUUUCAGAAGAUGAAGGCUCACCAUAUGCACCAAUUUUCAUCCGUGACCCAAGCAGUAUAAUUCCUUCAUCCUUCAGAUGCUAUAAUUGUUAAAAAUCUCAAUGCCCAAAAGGGAACUAAUGAAACUAAACGAAUGAGAAGAAUCAUAGUUACUGAAGUGUAUAUGUGUAGGGGUGUGAAUGUGUGUGUAUAUACAUAUCUGUAUUAAAACUAGGUCCAAUAUCUUGUACUUGUCAAGUUCCAUGCCUACACUAUUUUUCCACAUUUUCAUAGACAUAUUUAAAAAUGAUUGUUCCUUUGUGGGCAUAAUUUGGUAAUGUACUGAAUUAAAGUCAACGUACACAACAGGCUAUUUUGAUGUUGACCAUUUCUAUUUCUUUCUCUUUCUCUCUCUCCCCCCCUGCCCACACACACACACAGAAAUUUGUGCAGUGUCCCUCAAGGAUUAUCAAACUUUAUAAACUGAUAAAACUAAUAGGCUGCUUCUAGGAAAUUCUCAAGACCUGAAUGUUCUGUCUUCUUUUUCAGAUUUCUUAUAUGUUGGCAUACUUGCUUCACUCUAUAAUUAAUUUAAAUAAGUGUGCUGUAGAGAGAACUGCUGAGGCCUUUAAACAUAUCCCUAUUCUGCUAAUUUUUUAACCAACUUGUGAUUACAAUAAUUAUGCUUUAGGUUAAGCAUAUGAUAUUGUUUAAAACCCCACCCUCUCACCUCUCCUUUCCCUCUCUCUCUCUCUCUUUUACUCCUCAAGUUUUUCAUAAAAACAAAUACUGUUUUUGAAGGAUUUUUCUUAUGUUUAUUGCUCCAAUGCAUAAUAAUGUGUUGGUAUCUUCUUAUGGAGGGGUGAUUUAAAACAAAACUUUUUGUGUUCAUGGGUUUAUCAAAAAUAUAAACUGCUUUUGGAGAAGGAAACAAAAAAAAAUGAAAAAAUUAUUUUCAGGAUGUUUUACCAAGCUGAGAAAUCUUUAAAAAUAAGAAAAGGACAAGUAAUUAAACUGUGUUUUUUUUUUUUGUUUUCAUCACGAAUGUUCAUCAGCAGAAGGGAAUUAAAGACCUCUAAGAAGCUUAAAGUUUCCACUUGUCUCCAGAUCCUUAACAUUAGGUAUUGGCGUAGAUGUAGCAUUUAUUCUUCAAUAACCUUUUCUGAAUUGAAAUAGAUUAUGUGAUAAAACAUGCAUUAACAUGGAUGGUUUGUCUUGUUGGGCUCCAGAGUAUAAGAACAUUUAUCAUUCUUAUUUGAUCUGGAAAGUCUGUAAUAGUGAAGUUUGCUUUCAUGGAUAACAAGCCAGCACUUCCAUUCUUUUCUGAGUAACGCUCAGAAAAGCUAUACUUUGGACUAGUCUAUUUCCAGUUCGAGGAGGGUGUGCCAUUUAUGGCCUGGAAUAGCAUAUUUCUAAAGCAUAACAUGAUACAAGAAGAAUCUAGUUUCAUAAAUUCAUCUUUCCAUUCAUCCAACCAUCUAUCCAUCCAACAAAUAUUUAUUGAGUGCCUAUUCUACUUGCUCUAGUAUUAAAACUGAGAGAAUGGGAAUUUCUAGCCCUAAAUCCGUGUAAUUCUGUUGUAAGAGUGCUUAAUUUAUGUAAAUUGUCCUUUCCUAGACUUGGGUGUUAGUUUGACAAUGUGUGAAUAUGAUUAAUUCUAAAUCUAGUGGAUGUGUUUAUGUUUGAUAUGUGUAUGUAUAUAUACUUAGACAUAUACAUAGCUGUAUAUGAAUACAUAUAUACCAUCUAGCUAAAUAAUAUACUCUCUGGUCCUGGAUAAUCUAUUUUCUUAGGUUAUUGUAUCUGUUGUCUUUGGCCUACUCAGGGAUUUUUAUUCCUUUCUUUGAAUAAUUUAUCUUUUGGAGAUAUUUUUAUAUUAUUUGGAAAUGUUCCAGUUUUCCACUUACAGAGUGGCGUUUGUUAUCAGUGGAGGCUCUUUCAUCAGCACUCGCGAUAGUGUGCACAGUGCUGCACAGGAUUUUCAUUUUUCUAUUGCAUAGAUUUAAAAAAAUUAACAUAUGCAUUUUUUGCUUUCAAAGUUGGUAUAUAUCAGGCCUUUCCCUGCUAGUGACUUAAAAUAGUUAUUUGUGAAUUUUUUUGCUAAGUAUCGUUAAGAUCUUAAAAAGGGAGAAGAAAAAUAAAAGAUCAUUUAUAUGUUAGUGCUAACUUGAAGGUAAAACAGUCGCACCUUUUGGGGUAAAUUCUAAAAACAACUUUAACAAAAGCAGCAUGCAUGUAAGAUGAAUAUCUUUUUAUCCAAGGCUUGUCAUUUUUUGGUAUGUUUUCAUUGUAAAUUUAAUAUAUGCUCCUUUUAAAAAAAUCAAAGUAUAUUGAAUUAUAAAAUACAACUUCCUCUGCUUUUCCCCACCCCUUAUUUUCUAGGGGUAACCACUGUUAAUAAUUUGGUAUGUGUCUUUCCAGAUACUAUCUAUAAAUAUACAAAUAAGUAUGCGUGUGUGUGUGUGUAUCUGUGUGUGUAUUCAUUUUGUAUAAAUAGAAUAAUAAUAUGCUUACUGUCCUGUGACUAUUUUUCAUUUUACUAUGAAUUGGUAGACAUCUUUCCAUAAGAGUUUAAAUAGAUGUAUCUCAUUCUUCUGUCAAUUACUACAUAUUCCAUUGUGGGGCUGUACUUUAUUUAAUCAGUCUCCUAUUGAAUGAACAUCAAGUUUGUUUUCACUUCUCUAUUACAAAGCAUUAGUGAAGAUCCUUUACAUAUAUUUUUGUCACUGUGUGAACAUUUUCAUAAGUUUUUAAAUUCGGUUUUUAUAUUAGUAAUAAAAUUUUCAUGCACUUUCAAUGAAUGAGAUCAUAGAGAUAAUAUACUUAAGGCCCUUUUCUUGGAGAAAGACUUGUGUAAAAGUGCAUAAUUUUUAAAGAAAAGCAUCUUUUGCAGGAUAAUUUCCCCCCCCCAUGCUUGAUUAGCCAAAUAAAUAUCUUGCCAACACUUACAAAAGAAAAUUCAUCUUAUUCCAAUAAAAAUAAAAUGCAAUGAGAUGUCUAUAAGAUAAUGUGAGAAAGAUGCAUUGACAUUUGGAUUGCCUAGUUUUAAAACUUGAGGGAUUUACAUGAAAUAGCCAAAGUGAUCAUGUUUGUCACGUUUUUUAAAACACUCUCCAUGUUCAUGCAUGUUGCUCCACAGAGGAACUUAAUUAUGCCUUUGUGAAAAGUAGGAAGCAACAUGUUGGUAAUUAUGAAUGACCACAUUCUCCACAGAAAAAUAAUUUUGACUGUAUGUGAGGUUUGGUGGUUUGUUGGGUUGCUCAUAAACUUGGAUAACAUGAAACCUUUAUUUUACAAUGAAUCCCAGCAUUUCCCUAAGAACUUCUGUAUGUGAAGUUAAGAAAAGAAGGGUCAAACCUUUUGGCACAAACAACAUCCUGUUGCCACCAACCUUGAUUUUCUGAUAAGUGCUAUUGUAUCCUAAAGGUAGAACAGACUGGAAAACAAUCAAAGAUAAAUUAAACACUGGUCGGGUUACAACCUGGUACCUUUAAUUGUACUUUCCUUGCUGUGAUAUCAGGAUUCAGUGGUGCCUGUCAGGAAAUUCCCUGUCUUGUGUCACCCACCAUCUCUUGAGUCCCAAGGCCACAGGUAGUCUUUAUCUUUCAAUCCUAUCACCCAAAUACAUGGCCCAUGGAUCCCCUAAAGGACCUUCAAAAUACUCUUCCAGUCCCCAAACAAUGCAACCUCAUUUUUCUACACUCCUUUGAGAUUCUAACCAGCUCCUCUACACUAGAAAAGAGGAGGAGAGAAAGGAGUGGGUUAAAAACUCACUCAGGCACGUGCAAAGCACUAGCAUUCCUUCCAGACCUUUGUCAAAUUGAGUACACGUGCCACCAAAUGGAUCUGCUUUCUCCCUUGUUAAACAAUGCAGUUGUUUUUAACACUAGACUUUUAUGAGCUCUGUUAAAUUCAUAAUUAUAAAAAGUUAGUGGCCUAAAUAAUAUCCAUUGGUAUACUUCAUUAAGUACCAAAAUAAAAAUUCAUGGCAAAUGCCAUUUUAUAUUUGAAUUUUAUAUGCAGGCUGCAUAUAUGCCUUAAUGUGAGUCUUCCCAUUGGAUUGUAUGCUUAACCUUUCAUAUUUGUGGCUGAAAUCUAUCCCAACUAUUGAAAGUAAUCUUUCCUGUGGUCAACUUUAUUGUUUUGUGUUAAUGCUUAGUAUAAAUAUAGCCUUAAGAUCCAAUAAUGCACUUUAAAAUACUUGUGCCAUUUAAGCAAUUUGACAGAGUUGAGGAAACUAAUUGCAGUAUUUUGAUGGAGAUAGUAGAAUAACAGUAUUAGCAAAUAUAUGUCACCUCUUUAAA